UUUUGCACAGUUAUUAGUUGUAAUUCGUAGUGUAUACGACUGCAAUAUUUUGGAAGAUAAGUUCAUUUGGGUUGACAACAAGUUCAGUCUUAUAUCUUUAUAGUGUUACUUUAUAGUGUACCUGUUGUAUUCUAUAAAUAUGGCGUUGUUCUGCUUGAAUUCGAAAACUAGCACAUUCUUCAUGAUGAAUAUAAUUUCAAUCUGUGCAGGACAAAUUGCAGGAAAGACGUCAUGCAGAAUUCCGAAAAUAGACGUGGACAUUAAUUGGAAAGAGAUGCCAAAGACAUGGUAUUUGGGCCUACACACAAACGAUGCUGUGAAGUCAAAAGAUGUUCUUUGCUCCAAAAUGGAAAAUGUUACAUCGACACCAAGCGGCGGCUCUGUUGUGAUCACAGAAUAUCAUCAUAGUUCACCUGCAAGCAUUUUUCCUGCUCACUUUAUUCGACAAGACAAUGGUAUUUACGCAGUCGAGAAAAAUGAUGAUGAUGCGAUAAUUAAAGCCGAAUCUCAGUAUCCUGAUGGAAAAACCAACGAAAAUGCUGCCAGUUUUGACAAAGCCAGGUUGGAUUCUCCUACCAUUCUUUUAAGUGAUGGAAAAAACUACUUCAUCCAUGCAUGGUGUGUUUCUGAUGAAUGGAUCGUGUGGACGCAAUUUCCUACAUCUAGGCCUACACAACAUCAAAUUAAUGAAUUCCAACGGGCUAUGGAUAAAUAUGGAAUAAAUACAGACAUGUAUCCUUGCCAACAAGUUGAUGCGAAUAAAUAAUUGGACCAAACAGAUAUCCGAAUAUGGUUUUACGCGGAACACAAAAAUUAGGAUGUUCGCUCAAAAUUAACGAUUAUGAAACUUAUACCGUUAUAUUGCAAUCAAUAUAUUUAUCUUUGAAUUGUUACAAUGUGACGAUUAUACUAUAUAUGGAUAUGAA